AUGUCUGCCUCUGCCUCCUCCUCGUUCGGCCCGCACGCGCAUUCCGAACCACGACUAUCGCGCACCUCGUUCGUGCUCGACUGCUUCCGCAUCUCCUCGUCCAUCCUGCCGCGCGUCUUCCCCACCGUCCUCUUCCUCACGCUCUACGCAUCCGCCAUCGCUGCAGCCGAUCUCAUCUGGCAUGCAAGCUGGACAACCAGCUACGCCGUCACCAGCACGCUCUCUGUCGUAGUCGGCCUGCUGCUCGUCUUUCGAAACAGCACGAGCUACGACCGCUGGUACGAGGGAAGAAAGCUCUGGCAGGAUGCCCAGUCCACCGCCAGGAAUUGGGCCCUCCUCGUCUGGAUCAACGUCGACACAAAGCCGGACAAGGUGGGCGCAAAGCAGAGAGCGCUCAGGCUGGUGGGCGCGUUCAUGCUUGCUGUCAAACACGAGUUGAGGGCCGAGUAUGGAACGCAGUGGGACGAUCUCCGUGCCGUGCUGCCCAAAGAGUGGCUGCAAUCUCAAUCUGCCAAUCAAGCCUACGAUGCAGCCGCAAAGGUCUCGGACAUUGAACGUCAGACCUCGGUCUCGGAGGUAUCACCUCUACUUUCUCAAGCAUCCUCGGGUAUGGUGCAAGAUGGUCUUGGAUUGCCGUUGCGGAUCCUCGCGGAGCUACACCACUACCUCGCCACCUCGCGCCGUGCCGGGCUGCUCGACGACCUCGGACCCGCAGGCUUCUCGCUCCUCAACACGCAACUCCUCGCACUCUCGACGCUCUUCUCGAGCAUGAUGCGCAUCUCCACCACCCCGACCCCGCUCAUCUACGCCAUCCACCUCAAGCAGUCUUCGCUCAUCUAUCUGCUGGCACUCCCACUGGCGCUCGUCGGCGAGUUGGGCUGGAAGAUGGUCCCCUUCACCUUUGUGGUGAGUGCAAUGUUGGUUGGGUUGGAGGGCAUCAGCAGCGAAAUCGAGGAUCCGUUCGGAAGGGAUAAGAGCGACCAUAGACUCGACGAGUGGUGCCACACGCUCAACGCCGAGAUCGAGACGAUUAUGCGCAGUAUCAAGCAGGGUGUCCAGGUCGAGUAG